GAUAAUGCUGGACGCGCAUAAAAGAGAAAUCUGCAGGCCAUCACCGCCGGCCAUCAUGCGCACAUACACACGAAAGCGUACAUGGCAACGGAAGGAAGGACAAUACACGCGUACUCCGGUGCUGCUGUAUGAGGAGAAGACCACCACGGCUGCUGAAUGGCAGGCUGUUGUCGGCGAUGUACACUACAAUGCAACAGACAAGCACACAGAGGCACCUCGGGAUCAAACAUCACCAGCUCACACCACGACAGGCCAACGUACGCACACAAGCAACCAAUUGCCAAGCUCAGAAGAUUCGAUCAUCGCGCGAAAGCACGCAUCUUCAGCUACCAUACAGUCACCCGAGCACAGCCAGCUAAGGCAACACGAAAGUGCUUUAGCACAACAUGAAAGUGAAGUACAGCACCAGGAAAGCGCGUUAAAGCCGUUGUGUGCUAGCCCACAUUUGAACAACACCGACGCUUAUACGGGAGGAGAGUGUCUAUAUGCAACAGCGCAGGCAAAGGGCUGUGAUGAUAUUCUGAGCACUCAGAGCCGCCGUCGAGAGUCUGCGAAGGUGUUUCCGCUAUUUAACAUGUGUAAAGCACGGAAACGGCUGAAGACAAGCAAUAAGGAGAAUAACAACAGGCACAGUCCAUGCUUUGGCCGAUCAGACAAUAACAAGCGACAGGUGAGUUCAAACCACGUGCCCACUUCAAAAACACUGUGCUCUGGGUCGAAACUGGUAGAUAGGAAGGUGCAAAUGGUGAUAGAUCUCGGGCAGACAUCAUUGGGAGUUCUCGUAUGCAAGGAUUGUGGUAUGACCUACAAUGGGGGCGAUAGUGAAGACGUUGCUGAACAUCAGCGCUUCCAUACUAAGUACUUCAAAGAUGUCACGUUCGCGGGAUGGAAGAACGAACGAAGGGUGGCAGAAUCGUUGAUACUUCCAGACGAUGUAAUUGGCAGAAUAAUCUGUAUACACCAGUCCGACCAACCAACACAUCUCAAGAAGGCCCAGCAAGUGCAGGCCUUCGUAGACCUGAAGUUGGGGCUCGUGCAAAUGGACACGGUACUUUCACAAUCAGCGAAGACCUACCUGUGCAUCGCCAAUAGAAAGGUAAUAGGCUGUGUAGUUGCGGAGAAGCUCGCACACGCCUAUCGAGCCGUCGUACUACCAGGAACUUAUAUAGGUACAGCGAAAAAAGUAACGCCAGCGACAAAAAAAUCACCAUUCACGGUGAAGACACAUGUGCCAAAAAAGCCAUCAGAAGCCAAACAACAACCUGGAACGAAGGUAAACACACCGGCUGGGCAUGCAGAGCGUGACAAUAGUGAACCACCGACCCCGGUAAGGUUCAAAACACGCGGACACAGAGCGAGAGACGCACAAGAUGGUACUGACCAUGCCUCCUAUAGCAGAGGAAAAUUCGAACACAAUGACAAGAAAAGCUCAAUAGCACAAUCACAGCAGAGCCCUGAUAAACAACCGCACGUAGAGGAAGGCCAGCAAUGCAAUACACCUCGAGAUACGGGGACGCACUCAGUCAAACCUUUGAAGCAAAGACCCUAUAGUCAUGCAUCUUCAUAUCAACAGCGCACGCGUGUGCCCGCGCAUAUCGGAAUAAGCAGAGUAUGGGUAGCAGAGAAGUACAGACGCAAAGGUGUGAUCAAAGCCCUUAUCACCGCCACGAGAAAUAGCUUUACGUACAACGAUGUGGUGCCUAUGGAGGCGGUAGCGUUCUCACAGGGCACCGUCGACGGAGACCAUUGGACGGAGGCGUGCGUCGAGACGAAGGGAUACUUGACGUACGAAUAGUCUGGAUUUUCAAAUGUCCAUGUGUAAUCUUUCAAGCACAUUAAAAUGGAAAACUCGCAUCAAUGCCAGUAAUUGGCGAGCCGAAUGACUUUAUUCAUGGAAAUGUCGGAUGGGUUCAUUGCGGAACGUUGCGGAUUGUCUUAUUAGACAACUUGCGUUUGAUUUGCAUACAUUAUGUAUUAGAUAGUGACGUUCCUCUGUAUGCAGUAGCCGCCAGCCAUCCACAUUACAUUGAGAGUCACGCCAUAAUUUCUAUGCGUACACGUUAAAGCCACAUGCCGAAUGUGCUAGAACAAUGCGUUUUGUAUUCGUACAAUACAACACGGAUGCCUCAGAAAACGCCAAAGCCCUG